AAGUUCAGAGGUUUUAUAUUGGCGCUUGCUCUCGUGCUAUGUUCUUAUACAACCAACACACAUCCGUGUUAUCUUUCCACGGGAUCUUAAUAACCAUAGCCAUAAAAUUUAUAUCAUGUGUCAGAGAAUUACAGGGAUUUACAGUUCACAACUAGCUUAGGGAAAAACUUGUGACAUUGUAUUAAUGGUAACUGUGGAAACCCGAUUGUGCGCAUCGGCCUGUGCACAAGGUUAACUAGCGGGAGCAAAAUAAUAGCCCACCGAGCAACAUUUUCAUUCGCUGUCCGGACACGACCCAUUCGGUAUUAGAUUUCAACUUUGUGGUGAAAUUCCCCAAAGAAAAACACCAAAUGCGGCCUGUCAAUAGUUCCGCAGUUAGAAAUCGUCAAAGAAAUAACAACGAAUCGGCGGAUAAUAAUGGAGAUAAAAAUCUGAAAAUCAACACGGGAUUACUUCGCUUAUUUUCCGUCUUCAACAUUCUCCUCUUCAACGUUUGCAUCGGCCUAGAGGUGGUUCAUCCGUACUUCGGCCAAGGCAUCUGGGGUUCGAGCAUUCACAUGGUUUCAGGAUUGUUUGGAUUCGGUGCAUCUUAUCGCCCGACGUACACAAGGUUGUCAUGGGUUAUGGCAUUUUCUUGUCUGUCCAUCUUGUUCGGCUUCAUAGUCAGUGGUUUGUCUUGGGCCGGCUACACAUAUUGUGACCCGUACUAUUCAUACGAAAAUCACGAAGACGGUAUAUACAUUGUGGGAGAUUGCCCCAGGCCGGCCUCUCAAUUGGCUUUGAUGAUUACCAACAUUGUCGCCAUCGUCAUCAGCAGUUUCGUUGUGGUAUUAGUUUCGAAUCCGCUGUGCUGUGCCAAUCAAUCGGCAACGCAAAAUCUCCAUACUUCCACCAUCCGCAUUUCUACGAUCGACAUGCCAGCAGAUACACCGGAUCUUUCAACCGGAACUAGAACAGCGAUUUCGUCCACGGGCAUCCACCUCUUUUCCUCGCACCGACCGGAAAUGGAAAUACUAUCCCGAUUGGCUUUAUUUUCUCGACGCCAGGAAGAAGAAGAAAGACCUCCUCGCUAUUCGAUUGCUGUUGCAGAAUCUGAUCCUAAUUCCCCUGUGAUAAUAAAAUCGUUUGACCAACCGCAAUACUCCAGUAUACGCGUGUAAUAACGAGAAUGCUGGUUGGCAAUAAAGCUAAUCUCUGAGUCA